AUGUCUGAUAGAGGAUCAAAUGUUAUUAAAGCCCUAGAAGCAAAUAAAGCAAAAGAAAUAUUAGAUACAAUUACAGCAUCGAAAACUUUAGUUAAAUAUGUAAAAUUGGUUGGUCUAAACAAAGAAAUUCAAGAUAAUUAUGGAAUUGCUUUAUCGACCGUUGUUAGAUGGCUAUCUUUGUCAGCCCUAUUGGAAUCUAUUGAGGCGUCAUUAGAACAUGUACGAUCGAUAGUAUUAUCAAAACCAUCGUCCGUGAAACAAGCUGUAAAAAUUAAUAAAAUAAAUAUUGAUGCAAUCAAAGAUUUAGUUUGCUUAUUGAAACAAUUCAAACAUGUAUCAACAAUCGUUCAAACAGGCAAUCGUCCAUCGCUACACAUGGUAUACAUUGGUUGUAAUAAAUUGGAACGUCAUUUAACAGGAGAUGAUGUUGACAAAAAUGGGAAUAUUAUUUUAUUAGAUGAUCGUCACGAAGGUACAAACUUUUUUCGACAAAGAUUAAUACAACUACUAGCAUCCAUGUUUACAUUCGAUGAACGUCAUUUAUCGGCAGCUGUUCUUCAUCCACAGUAUCGAAAGUUAACGUUUGCUGCAAUAUAUGGCAGAGGAUGGACACAUUCCUUUAUUCGACAAGAAAUGGAAAUUAUUCUUGGUGUUAAUGAUUGUAAAAAACUUCCACAAAUGGUAACAACCGUUCAACCAGCAACGAAAAAACAGAAGACUUUAGAAGAAGAAUUCGCUGAUCCAACAGACGAUGACAAUGGCAGUUCGACAUUAUAUAAAACAGAAGAACUGGAUAAAUAUUUGCAGUUUAAUAUAGAUGAAAAAUACAGACAAGCUAAUCCAUUAUUAUUUUGGCACGAUUAUCAAAGCAGGUUUCCAACUUUGGCUAUAUUGGCUCGUCGUCUGUUUUCAAUACCAGCCACGUCUGCCGGUGUGGAAAGACAAUUUAGCGCAGCUGAUCUGAUUAUUAACGAACGUCGGGCAUCAUUGAACCCAGAAACCGUUGAAGAUAUAUUAUUUGUCAGAUCAAUGGAGAGAUUACUCGUGCAAUCACCAAAUUCUUUUUUUUAA